UGUUUUCGUGCUUUUUUUUAAUCCUUUUAACCAUCGCAUAUUUUCACUUUCCCAGAAUAUUACAAGAAGCGGAUUGCAAGGGACAAAGGGUGGGGAGAAGGGACAAACGGAGAGAGUGUGCGUUAGAAGAUGAAGAAAGGGCGGAGUCUCCUUCUGAGGUUGCUAACCACUUGCAGAGUUGCCAAGCAAUUAAAAAGGAGGAAGGGAGGGAUAGAAUAAAAAUUUACAACAAACACAAGGCAUCUCUCUCUCAGUCUCAGGGUCUUGUUUAUUGGUUAAUUAAAAACAGAGAGGCAGCAGAGGUACAAGUAAGAAACGAAGAAGAAGGAGAGGAGAGGAGAAGGAAGAGAAGCAACAUUCAAGAAAAGAAGAUAGAACAACAAAGUGCAGACUCAGGCUGAGGGAGUUGAGGGGAAGGGGGGGAAAAGGCUAAAAGAGGAAGGGUCUCUUGAGAGAGAGAGAGGAGAGAGAGAGAGAGAGAGAGAGGAAAAAAUGGUGGGCUCAGGAGGAGUAACAGAUAGGAGUAAAGAAGCUGUGGGGAUGAUGGCACUUCAUGAGGCCCUCAGGACUGUCUGCCUCAACUCUGACUGGACUUACUCUGUCUUCUGGACCAUCCGUCCUCGUCCGAGAGUGAGGGGUGGAAAUGGUUGCAAGGUUGGUGAUGACAACGGCAGCUUGAUGUUGAUGUGGGAAGAUGGAUUUUGCCGAGGAAGAGUAGGGGAGUGUUUGGAAGAGAUGGACGGAGAGGAUCCUGUGAGGAAGGCCUUCAGCAAAAUGUCCAUUCAGUUGUAUAAUUACGGAGAAGGGUUGAUGGGGAAGGUUGCUUCAGAUAAGUGCCACAAAUGGGUCUUCAAAGAACCUACCGAGUCUGAGCCGAACAUCUCCAAUUACUGGCAAAGUUCUUUCGAUGCUCUUCCUCCUGAAUGGACUGAUCAGUUUGAGUCAGGCAUUCAGACCAUUGCUGUAAUACAAGCUGGCCAUGGCCUUCUGCAACUGGGCUCCUGCAAGAUUAUACCCGAGGACCUCCACUUUGUGCUUCGAAUGAGGCACACUUUUGAAUCCCUUGGCUACCAAUCCGGAUUUUAUCUCUCCCAGCUUUUCGCUUCAAACAGAAAUAAUUCCUCUUCUUCAGCCAUUCCUUCAAAGCCGUCGACGAUUCCGAUCCGUCCUCCUCCGCUCUUCAACUGGGGCCAAAGGCCUCUAGUUCCCCCUGCUUCCAUGCUCUCUAAUCCUCAUUUCCAAAACUCGGCUAGGCUCGGAUUUCCUCAAGCGAAAGACGAAACCCACAUGUUCCUCCUCCCUCACUCGUCCGAAACUCCUCGGAUAGAAGAAAUGAUGGGGGAACACGACAACGACAUCAAAUGGCCAAAUGGGUUGUCAUUCUUUAAUGCUCUCACAGGGCGGAGCGAUGAUGCGAAGCUAUUGUUUAACCCCGAGGGUCUAGGAAACAAGCCGGACCAAAGCCACCACUCUCUUUUUCUGGAGGGGAAGAGCCCCAAUCCAGAAGCCUCCAAUAUGCAAAAUUCGGGCGCAACAAAUCCCAAUGAGUUCCUGAGCUUGGAUAGUCAUGCGGAGAGUGCGAGAAAGAUGGAGAACAAAUUCAAAAGGAGCUUUACGUUGCCUGCACGAAUGGCGUCCUCUUCGUCGACUCCUGUGGAUCACCAGCCUGAACCUGGGAUGUAUCCUGAUAUGGAGACCUUCAUGGAGUAGCUUUGAAGGGUCUACCUUAGGAUGAGAUGACGGAGAGACAAUGUAUCUAGGCAUAAAAUUAUUCUUGUUAAUUUCCUUGUGAUGAAUUCUCUGUUUUUAAGGUUAGUUUUUGCUGUCUCCAGCUUUUAGCACCAAUACCUUAGAGACUUCAACAUUCAUUUCUUGCUCUUUAAUCCUAUCUGAUCUUUGGCCUGAA